AUGCCUCGCAUGGAAGACCUGCUUGGACAGCUUUGGAAGGAAUAUGCCAAGUCUGAUUCUCGAUACUUGACUGUGGAGCCUUUCGUCCUUUGCAUGGAGACAAUUACAGCCUUUGUAUGGGGACCAGUUUGCUAUCUGACAGCAUGGAUGAUCAUCGUCAAAUCCCCAUACCGCCAUCCAACACAGAUGCUUGUUUCCAUGGGACAGCUCUAUGGUGACGUUUUGUACUAUGCGACAAGUAUGACGGAGGAUUAUUAUCAUGGGAGAUCAUAUUCUCGUCCAGAAACCCAUUACUACUGGGGAUACUUCAUUUUCUUGAACACAUUUUGGAUAAUUAUUCCCGGCUUUUGUAUCUAUCAAAGCUAUCUGGCGACUGUCAGGGCAUCUUACAAAGUCCGUGAUGUCAAAAAGACCGACUAA